UGUACUUUACUCUCUUCACCGCACCUCACUCACGCUCCCUCUACUCCCCAUCUCCUUCUUCUCCAAACGAUCAACCAUAGCUAUCACCGAUUCCCUUUUCCGUUUCCAGUCUCCGAUGGCUAUAUCCUAUCAGCUUGCUCCGUAACCCAAUGCUCAUCUCAAAACCCUAACUUUAUCUCGGAUUUUCCCGAGAAAUUCUCACAGACCUGACUCCGAACUUAAUUAUUCAUCGUCCGCCAAACACUUGCCCAACACGCAGGGCAAUCAACAAUGCCCGAGGCCGACCAAGAAAAGAAGGUUGCUGAUAGGUACCUGAAACGUGAAGUCCUCGGUGAAGGUACCUAUGGAGUCGUCUACAAGGCCAUCGAUACUAAGACUAGACAGGUAGUAGCAAUUAAGAAAAUACGGCUGGGGAAGCAAAAGGAAGGGGUGAAUUUCACAGCACUUAGAGAAAUUAAGCUGCUUAAAGAGCUUAAACAUCCAUAUAUAAUUGAGUUGAUUGAUGCAUUUCCUCACAAGGGAAACUUGCACCUUGUAUUUGAGUUCAUGGAGACUGAUCUUGAAGCAGUUAUUCGAGAUACAAACAUAUUCCUUUCACCAGCUGACAUAAAAUCAUACCUUCAGAUGACACUCAAAGGACUUGCUUUCUGCCACAAGAAGUGGGUUUUACAUAGGGAUAUGAAGCCAAAUAAUUUGUUAAUAGGACCUAACGGACAACUUAAACUUGCAGAUUUUGGGUUAGCACGUAUAUUCGGGAGCCCAGAUCGUAAGUUUACUCACCAGGUAUUUGCUCGAUGGUACAGAGCACCUGAGUUGUUGUUUGGCACCAAACAAUACGGUGCUGCUGUGGAUGUUUGGGCUGCAGCUUGUAUAUUUGCUGAACUCCUACUCCGUAGACCUUUUCUCCAGGGAAGUAGUGAUAUUGAUCAGUUAGGAAAGAUCUUUGCAGCCUUUGGGACUCCAAGGUGUUCCCAGUGGCCUGAUAUGGUCUACCUUCCUGAUUAUGUAGAAUAUCAAUAUGUUCCUGCACCCUCUUUGCGUUCAUUCUUCCCAAUGGCUAGUGAUGAUGCUCUGGAUCUGUUGUCAAAGAUGUUUACUUAUGAUCCAAAAGCUAGAAUUUCUGUGCAGCAAGCACUAGAGCACCGGUAUUUUUCAUCUGCGCCUCUACCCACAGAUCCAGCUAAGCUCCCUAGACCUGCCCCAAAAAGGGAAUCUAGAGUUUCAGAAUACAAUCCCAAGGAAGGUCCUACUGUAUUAUCACCUCCUAGGAAGUCAAGAAGAGUGAUGCCAAAUCGUGAGGGGUCUGCUGUUAAUGUGCCCCAAAUCGAUAAAAUCAGCCAGCGUGGUAAUGAACAGGUGCCAAUGUCCGUAGAUUUUUCAGUAUUUGCAUCAGGACCUCCAGAUAGGCCUAUGAUUAGCAGUGCUGACAGAUCUCAUCUAAAACGGAAAUUAGAUCUUGAAUUCUAAUAUAUGGAAGAAUAAGAAACUAUAUCAUUAUAUCCGUGAAGAUUGGAUAUAUUUCUCCUGCGGAAGUAUGUUGGGUAGGUAACACAUGAAUGACAUUUAGAGUGAGCAUUUGAAGUUUGUUUCAAUUACCUGGUGGUCUCUGUUGCAUUUCCAUAUUCGGUGUAUUUACUACUUUGGGAUUGUGAGGAAGAAUUGGUGAAGUUCAGAUCAUAUUUUACUGAAUUGAAGUUGGGGCUGGCUGGAAAUAAAUUUCUGGAAGAGAAGUAGACAUGGGAAAAACAACUCCUUAUUGCAUUUUAAGAGAAUAUGUACCCAAGUCCACGGAAAGAAAAGUUUUGAGCAUUGGUCUUUUCUCCUUGUCCAUUUUUAGUGGAACUUUUUUUGCGAAUUAGAAAAAGAAGAAAUGAAAAUUGAUGUUUUAGACUAGAGCAGUGCUGUGAGUAAAUUUGUUUACCAGUCUAGAAAAGAAAUGAAUUACUAAUAUUUUGGUUAUUAAUUACUGGGAAAACUAUUCUCAUAUUGUAUUAACUGUAUAAUGAUAGCAUGCUGUGUGGAAAAAUUGAAUGGGAAAUCCUUUGAUUUUUCAUGUUGAA